AAUGUCAGGCAAAAAACUUGUGGAAAUAAUUGAUAAACAAAGACGCAAGGAAGAUGAUGAAACUUGGACGGUACAUCCAACGCCAGGAAUUUGUGUUAAAUUUAAAAAGGACUCUGAACCCAAUCUUAAACGUUCUCUCAUUACAAAUGAAGAUAUGGGAAAUCCAACUUCCUCAAAUAAAUUUUUUAUAAAUUUGGCUCAUUGCAUAGAAAUACCUUCACCUCGAAAAGAAUUAUGGAAAGAUGAAGAAAUAAUUGCCAAAAUGAUGGAAAAUAAUAAAAAUUCUUUUAAAAUCCCCAUGUGUGUUGGGGAAGUGGAAAAUGUGGAGGAUCAUAAUGGAAAUAUUUCUACAAAGGUUGAUGUAAUUGUUAAUUCUGAAUUUUUUGAAAAGUGUAUUGACAACUCUGAAUUUUUUAGGCAAAUAACUCUUGCUGCAAUUUGCGAAAAAAUUAAGCAAAAUUAUUCAAUAAAUAUAAACUUGUCCAACCAAAUAAUUUUACGAAAUAAAAAAUAUAUUGGAGAAUUAAAUAUUAGACAAAUACAAAAACGCCCUUUAAAUUCAAUAUUAGACGACAAUAAUUCAAAAACAAAAAAUAAAAUUUUAAUAAAAGAAGAAAAUUUAACAAAUAAUGAAUUAAUUGAUAUUGACGAUAUUGAAGAGACUAGACCCAAAAAACCGAGAAAUUUUAAAGUACAAAUUUUAAAUGGAGAAUUUAUGGACAUUAAAAUUAAAGUGAAGGAUAAUGAUAGACAACUUGUUCGUGAAAAGGAAAGAAUCACCUUAAAAAUGAACGAUGAUCGGGUUGUGGCUUUGUUAGACUCAUCUAGCGUAAUUGCCGACUUUUUCCUUCCUUUUCUAAUUGAAAUUGAUGAAACUACAAAUUGUGAAUUUGAUUCAAACUCGUCUACAAUAUUUAUUAAAUGUAAAAUUAAUUUUGAUUGUGAAAAAGAAAUGUAA